AGAGCAGUGAGUCAAAAGACGAACGGCGCCGAAGUUGCAUAUAUUACGUAAUCUCAGUAGAUAAGUCAGCAACCCAGACUCGACCGCUCGCCGUUCCACUAUCAUCUCGUUCUGCUGGUUUUAACAGUAUUGCUGAAGUCAAGCACUGCGCCUGCUUGCCGUUGUCUCAUUUCUGUACCUCUUGGCUUGAUGGAGUCUUUCUCUAACCUCGCUCCUCUUUGGGACCUUUCUCAGGCAACUAAUUUCUCUCAGCUCCCUGACGAAGAAUUUCUUGCACUUCUGCAGAAGCAGUUUCCAAGUGCCGGGCAACAUGGUAGUUAUCAAUCAAGUGGAUUUGGAGCUGUAGACGGCGUCAACCCUCAAAGCAUCACCCAGUACUCCUUACCUAGUAUCACUCCUCCUUCUGAAGAUAGCAGUCCUAGUCCCCAGGCCGCUGAAAGCUCGAGUAAACAGAGUCCUGAAGAGAGCUCACCGCAAGAAGACUUCUCUGAGUUUGGAUUGAAGCGAAAGGCCAGCGACGAAGAUCUGGGUGAGGGGCCAAGUCAGAAGAGUGCUCAUACAGGAUCAAUUGGCAAGAAGGACAAGGCUGCGUCGUCAAAGCGCAAGAGUUCAGGCUCGGGCCCGGAUGAAACUCGUCUCAUCAAGCGCAAAGAGCAAAAUCGUGCAGCUCAGCGAGCAUUCCGGGAGCGCAAAGAAAAGCAUGUCAAAGAUCUCGAAGACAAGGUUGCCGCACUUGAAUCCAAAAAUCAACAGGCCACGACCGAAAAUGAAAACUUGCGUGAUCUCCUCUCCAGGUUACAAUCUGAGAACAUGGCGCUCAAAGAGGCAUCGUUCACCUUUUCCGUUCCAAAGCAGCCUACAGCGAGCACAUCAACAGCGUCUUCGAAGAGUCCCUUGUUUGCUCCCGACAACUCACUAUUCUCCACCUUGCCACGGAUAACAUACACCGCUCCCGAUCCGUCUAAAUAUACCAAUCCACUCGAUAUGACGUCUAUGAUGUCGUUCGAUCCCAGUGUGCUCAACUUGCUUGACGAAAGCCCACAGGAGACCGCUACCGAUGGUGCGAUGCAAAUGGACUUUGGAUUUGGCAAAACCAACAGCGAUGAAUUUUUGCCAAAAAAUUAUACCACUAUUGCUAGUAAUCCUGCGUUUUUCUCAUUGACGUCCGCCUUUGACCAUUUUACACCACCGACGAACUCGUCAUCAGUGUCUGGUUCGCAAUCGCAAUCACCAUCUAAUAAUACCAAUGAUCGGAGCCCUUUUAACUUCGAUAUGAGUACACUGACACAGUGGCCUACACCUUCAUCUACCGGUCACGAUUCUGGGACGCUGGAUGACCUAUUCGGAGGUGCUGGAUUCCUCGGCCCGCAGCAGCAGGUGGAUGUGAAUUCUUUCAUAACCGGAGGAUCACCCUCAGCGGUCAGCCCCGUCCUUCACCACACGAACAAUCCAGGCUACAAUUCUCCUACUACGUCUGCCUCAUCCUCACCAGCUUCCCAUACUUCCGAUCCUCUGUUCAGCGCACGUGAGGGCUCGUCGUCAGAGUCGGAGGCAGGACACGACGAUUCUGAAUGUCCUAAAACAAAAGCUGACUUUAUUCAACACAUUGAAUCCUCUGGACAAUCUUCGUUUGUAGACACAGUCGCAAAUCAGAAUUUCCUGCAGACUGUGUCUUGUAACCCUAUCCAUAUCAAUUCAGAGAAGAACGGACCACCGUUCCUUUCGACUGUCGAAUGCGACGGCAGAACCACUUUUCCGCCGGUGGACAAGAGCGACGAGAACGUUCCCGUUCUUGACGCCUGGCGAAACAUUACUCGGGAUCCACAAUAUAAGGAAUGCGAUAUCGCAAAUCUCUGCUCUGAGUUCGCGAGUAAAGCCCGUUGCGAUGGCUCUAAGGUGGUUCUAGAGCCUCAGGGUGUAACAAGUCUAAUGGAAUCUCUCAAAAAGCGUCAUGUUUGAAGGUCACCGUCCACGGUUCAUGUAAUAACUGCAGGUCCGUGUAUUUGUAUCCAUAGUGAAAUUUCCGCACUACUCAAUCAGCCGAUUCUUUGCUUCGUCGUUUCUGAACUUUUACUUAUCCGUUGUUAUUCUUUUUAUCAUGUCAUAAAA